CAACGGUGAGCUGAUUUUGCGUCGGACUGCAGUCGAGUCGUGACGUUUGUUGAAAUUGGGGUUGGACGCUCCGCUUCCAGAGCCGUAUCGCGAUCUUUUCGUAAACAAAACAAAUUUUUCUUUCACGUGGCUUUGAUUGUGUUGUGUUCUGUGGUUUUAGUGGGAGGUUUUUUUUGUUUGGCGCUUGUUUUCGAAUUAAUUUUUGUGUUUUGAUUUAUUUUACGCUCGGCAUUUUUUUAUGAUGGCGUCUAAUGAUACGUAAAUGCAGGUUUUCAGCCGGCGACCACCAUUCAAUAUAAUUAAAGUCGACGACGCUUUUUGGUAAAAUAAGACGGGACUAAAUUUUAAUUAAAAUAAAGUGCAAGACGCGAGUCCUUUCAAAAAUCCUUGCAAAAAAUAAACAAUUGUGCGAGAGUAAAACACCGGUGCUUGCGAUGCGGGCGUCAGUGGCGUUCGUGUUGGGGAUUAUUUGGGUUUUGAUUGUGUCGUGUGAAUGGAGCUGUGCUGAGCCCGGCAACGAUGUCGCCCAUUUAUCUUUCACGGCGCUCCGGUGUCCCAGAGGAUGCACCUGCACGGGCACCAUCACUGAUUGCUCCCAUCGGGGAUUCACGCAGGUUCCCAAGAACAUUCCCCCGGAAACCGAACGACUGGAUUUACAAGGAAACAACAUCACCGUGCUGUUCGAGUCGGAUUUCCAGGACCUGGGGAAGCUCCGGAUCCUGCAACUCACCGACAACCAGAUCCAUACAAUUGAAAGAGACGCUUUUCAGGAUCUUGUCAAUUUAGAACGAUUACGGCUAAAUGGAAAUUAUAUACGGCACAUUCCAGACAACCUGUUUUCCACUACGCCUAAUUUAUUUCGAUUGGACAUCAGCCAUAACUUGAUCUCGGUGAUCGGGCGGAAGACCCUGAGGGGCAUCACGGCGAUAAAAAAUCUACAACUUGACAAUAACCGAAUUACAUGCAUCGACGACCAGGCUUUGAGGAGCUUCAAGGACCUCGAAAUUUUGACUCUAAAUAACAACAACCUCACAUGGAUCGGCAAAGAUAUGUUCAGUAACAUGUUUCGUUUGCGAACAUUGCGCCUCAGCGACAACCUCCUCCACUGCGAUUGUCAAUUGUCGUGGUUGGCGAGAUAUUUAAGACAUUCGCCACGACUUGCCCAAUACACCAGAUGUCAUUCACCCAACCAUCUCAAAGGACAAAACAUCGCCGAUCUGCAGGAUCAGGAAUUCAAAUGUUCCGGUUUGGCCGAACGUGCCAUCAAUGGGGAAUGCAUCAGCGAGCCCGAAUGUCCGCAUCCGUGCAGAUGCGCGGAUGGAAUUGUAGAUUGCAGGGAAAAAGGACUGACGAAAGUUCCGGAUCAUCUUCCGGAAGGAACCACAGAAUUACGCUUAGAGCAGAACGAAAUUGUGGAAAUCCCGACGAAAGCUUUCGCGGCCCAUAAGCGUCUGCGGCGAAUAGAUUUGAGUAACAAUAAAAUAUCAAAAAUAGCAUCGGAUGCAUUCCAGGGAUUAAAAGCGCUGACCUCCUUAGUUUUAUACGGAAAUAAAAUUAAAGACCUCCCGGCUGGAGUUUUUCAAGGUCUGGUUUCGCUGCAACUCCUUCUACUAAACGCGAAUGAAAUUACGUGUAUAAGAAAGGACACGUUUAGUGACUUGCACAGCUUGAGUCUACUGUCGCUGUAUGAUAAUAACAUCCAAUCGCUGGCCAAUGGCAGUUUUGAUUCCUUGCGAAGCAUCCAGACACUCCAUUUGGCCCGGAACCCUUUUAUAUGCGACUGUAACUUGAAAUGGCUCGCCGAAUAUCUCCACCGAAACCCAAUUGAAACUUCUGGGGCGAGAUGUGACACUCCAAAGCGGAUGCAAAGGCGCCGGAUUGAAGCCUUGAAGGACGAAAAGUUUAAAUGUAAGGGCCAGGAAGAGUUUAGGACCAGAUUUGCAGGAGAGUGUCUCAUUGAUAAUGCGUGCCCUUCUGGCUGCACUUGCGACGGGACGGUCGUGGAUUGUUCCGGGAAAGGGCUCAAGGAAAUACCACGCGAUAUUCCAGUCUACACAACUGAACUUUUAUUACACGAUAAUGAGCUGGGACGAAUCAAAUCCGAUGGGCUUUUUGGCCGACUUCCGAACCUAAUAAGACUGGACCUUCGGCGGAAUCAAAUCACCGGAAUCGAGGAAAAUUCAUUCGAGGGAGCUUCCAGAAUUUAUGAAUUAUUACUGUCGGAAAAUAAAUUACUCGAAAUACACAACAAAAUGUUUCUAGGACUCCACAAUUUGAAAGUACUGUCACUUAAUAACAACCAGAUUACUUGCGUCAUGCCGGGCUCUUUUGACCACUUGACAUCACUCCACACUUUGAAUUUGAUGCAAAAUCCCUUCAUGUGCAACUGCCACCUGGCGUGGUUUUCCGACUGGUUGAAAAGUAAAGGUCUUAGUGGGUCUCCACCGAAAUGUGCGGGCCCAACAAGAGUCAAAGACGUGCUAAUCAGAGAACUGCCCAAAAAUGAAUUCAAAUGCACAAGUGACAAUGAUCAGGGAUGUUUGGGUGAAAAUUACUGCCCCCCUAAAUGUUCGUGCACUGGGACUGUCGUGCGCUGUUCAAGGGCCAAACUGACCGAAAUUCCCCGGGGGAUUCCCCCGGAAACGUCCGAGUUGUAUUUGGACAUCAACGAAAUCACCACAAUUCAAGCGGACCGGAUCAGUCAUUUGAAAUCACUGACCCGACUGGAUUUGAGUAGCAACCAAAUCGGGAUGUUAUCAAACAACACUUUCGCCAACUUAUCGAAACUUUCGACCCUCAUUAUCAGUUACAACAAGCUGCAGUGUGUCCAACGCAACGCCUUAACCGGGCUCAAAUCCCUCCGAAUAUUAUCCCUCCACGGCAACCAAAUCUCAAUGAUCCCCGAAGGCACCUUCUCAAAUCUCAAAUCCAUCAGCCACAUAGCUUUAGGCUCCAACCCCCUCUACUGCGACUGUUCCCUACGCUGGCUGUCCGAUUGGGUCAAAGUCGACUACGUCGAGCCUGGAAUUGCCCAUUGUGCUGAACCUGCAAACAUGAAAGACAAAUCUAUUCUAUCAACGCCCUCCACAGCCUUCCAAUGCAAGGGAAAAGUCAGUAACGAGAUUCUAGCUAAAUGCGAUGCUUGUUUCACGUUCCCGUGCAAGAACGGCGGGAAAUGUGCCACACAACCGGAGAGGGAUUACGAGUGUAAAUGUGCACCAGGAUAUCAUGGGAAAAAUUGCGAAUUUAUGAUCGAUGCCUGCUAUGGGAACCCGUGCCGAAAUGGCGCCAGUUGUAAGGUGCUAGAGGAGGGAAGGUUCAGCUGUGUGUGCCAGGCUGGGUUCACUGGAUUGAGGUGCGAAACGAAUAUUGAUGAUUGCGCGAGCAAUAAGUGCCAGAAUAACGCCACGUGUGUCGAUUUGGUCAACUCGUACCAGUGCAAGUGUCCAGCAGGGUUCAUGGGCGAAUUUUGCGAAACGAAGAUUCCCUUUUGCACCGACCAGUACAACCCGUGCAAGAACAACGCCCGCUGUGUGGACCACGAUACUUACUACACUUGCGAGUGUUUGCCUGGUUUUAAGGGCGAAAACUGUACCAUAAACAUCGACGACUGUGAAAACCACAUGUGUCAAAACGGCGCUACGUGCAUUGACGGCAUCAACGAAUACAAAUGUAAAUGCUAUGGUGAUUUUAGCGGCAAGUUUUGUGAAAUUACCCCACUGGUUGCAAUGAUGUAUCCCCAAACCUCACCUUGCCAACAUCACGACUGCGUCCAUGGGGUUUGUUUCCAACCGUCGGGUUCAAACGACUAUCUUUGCAAAUGUGCUCCUGGAUAUUCAGGUAAACGUUGCGAAUAUUUGACAAGUUUGAGUUUCGUACACAAUACGUCCUACGUCGAGUUGGAACCUUUGAGGACGAAACCUGAGGCUAAUGUUACUAUAAUAUUUGCAACGUCGCAAGAAAACGGCGUUUUGAUGUACGAUGGACAUCAGGAACAUCUGGCUGUUGAGCUGUUCAACGGCCGGAUCAGAGUGAGCUACGAUGUGGGGAAUUACCCAGUAUCAACAAUGUACAGUUUUGAGAUGGUCUCUGAUGGUAUAUACCACGUGGUUGAGCUGAUCGCAAUCAAGAAAAACUUCACUUUGAGAGUGGACCGAGGCCCAGCUCGCUCAAUAAUAAACGAAGGUUCGAAGGAUUAUCUCAGGUUGAGUACGCCAAUGUACCUUGGGGGGAUCCCACCAGAGCCGGGCCGGCAGGCCUUCACCCAAUGGCAUUUGCGCAACUUGACCAGUUUUCACGGUUGUAUGAAAGAAGUGUGGAUUAACCACAAACAAGUCGACUUCGGUAACGCCCAAACCCAGCAAAAGGUCCAACCAGGUUGUGGUAUGAUGGAAACUGAUCGAGAUGAAGAAGAACAAGAAGACGAAAUGGAUGAAAUGGUCAAAGAACCGGCGGCACCACCGAUCGAUCCUUGUCUUAACCAUCAUUGUAAACAUGACAGUAAAUGUGUGCCGACUGUUAACGGCGAGUAUGUAUGUAAAUGCAGACCUGGGUUUAAGGGGAAGUACUGCGAGCAAGGUAAGGAAGAGUCGCCAACUUGCCGAAAAGAGCAGAAACGCGAGUACUACACCGAGAACGACUGCCGGUCAAGAAAGCCUCUGAAGAUGGCAAACUGCACGGGCAGUUGCGCCAACAGCUGUUGCCACGCCCGAAAAAGUAAAAGAAGAAAGGUGCGUAUCAUGUGUGCGGACGGCACCCGCUACACCAAAGACAUAGACAUCGUGCGCAAAUGCGCGUGUACGAAAAAAUGCUACUGACUGACAAACGCCGCUACUCACAAUUCUAACACGCACUCUCACGCCGAGAUUGCGACCAACCAGCUCGCGCCCCAACGAGCCCCCAUGACUGCCGAUCUCAAUCAGCACAUACUUAACUUGAAACCAUCCAUCGCCCCCCAGCCCCAACACGAACCUUACAAACUGACGUUCUUCGUCGAGAACGACACCGAUAAUAAUGCAAGACACUUGCAACUGACUGAUUUCACCGAAUCUCAAAGCCAUAGACAAACGUUUAGUAAUUAUUAUGACGAUGUUAUCGUAGAAAGCUACGACAGUCCUGUAGAUAAAACGAAAUUCUCGAGGUACGGGAGAGGAGCCGGACAUGAAUCGUACUGUGUCCUUUCUGCCUUACUCUACUUCGUCACCGUUACCGCUUUCGUCUACUUGGCCAUUGUGUGGAUCAAGCAGAGGAUGUACAUAAGGAUGGAGCAGAUGCAUUGGUGGUAACACGAUCAUUAUUACAACAAAGUUUAUAGAUAAUUAAAUAUUUAUUUAUACCGACUUAUACGCUUUAACGUACGGCAGAGUGGCCCUUUUGCAAACUUCCACCGUCGAAAGCACUUCGAUUGCUUGCAAAAUUGCCAUUCUGUGCGCAAUGGGUAACAAAUCGUCUCUGUUGCAUGCCUAGAGAUUAUAUUUAGCAUCUGCAUGUUCAACAUGUGUAUUUAAGCGCCUAAAUAGUAUUACUUUAACACAGGUGGUUCAAAAUUACUUUGAUCUGCUUGACUCGCUUGAUUUAACGACGUACCUAAACAUUUUAUUUAAAGAUAGACUGAGAGUACAUUUCUUGCCUAAUUGCAUUAAGAUCUGAAACAUGACACGAUAGAGUAGCGGUGUGAUCAGAGAUAUGGUUUAGCCAUAAGAUACUAUUUUGACAUGACAUACAGAACCUCAGAACUGACUAAUAAAUCCCGAUAAGAAUUUGUUAGAAUUGUGACUAGCGGCAUGGCCCUUGACUUACAAGGUUUACUAACUUAGAAUAGUUUAAUGUGUAAAACACUUCGAAAACUUUGUACGUUUACGUAAUUAAAAACUUUCAUUUGAAACGUUUAAAUAACAUCACGCAAUACAUUAAUAAGAUAGAGAUAACGAAUUGGGUUUCUCAUUUUUGUAUAGAUUAUGUAAAGUGAUAGAAAUCCCUUAAUUGAUAUAAUUUAUUUUAAGACUUGUGUAAGAUUAUAUCGUUACCAUUUACUGCCAUUUCGGUCACUUUACAACAAAAAUUAAUUUUAUGAACCGCAAAAUUCAAGGGACGCUUCUAGCUUAUGCAACCAAUCAUACAACUGCUCGAUAAUUACGGAAUAAAAUAACAAAAAACACUAUCAGCGCCGAUCAAUUAUCGCAGUAAGCUAGAAAUACCCUCUUCCACGUAAUUUAUUUACACCUCUCAAGUGAAUGUGAGAAUAAAGUUAUUUUAAAGAUUGUAUAUUAUAAUUAUAAAUAUGAAUGUAUUUUAAGUUCUACCUGUUGUAAUUUAAGUUAGAUUUCCACUUUACUCAUAGGCCAAUAAUAUUUAUACAUACACCAAGUUUUGUAACACAAAUGUUAAUUUAUGCCUAAUAGUUGUAAUUUAUAUCUAAACUUGUGUAUAAAAAUAUAUUAAAUUUAUCGUAAAA